GCGCGCGCGCGCUCGCAUCGCAACACCGACGAUGGCGCGCACGCCGACGCCGGGGACGCAGCGCACGCAGCGCACGCAGCGCGCGCAGCCGCCGCGCACCUACGCGCCGCCGGCGCCGCCGCCCGGCGUGACGCCCGACGGGCUCCUGGAGGGCCACCCGAAGGACGAGUGGCUCGACCGGUUCGUCAAGUUCCUGGUGCGGCCGCGCGGCGGGCGCGCGGCGCUCGAGGCGCUCGUCGCGCGCGACGACGCGGCCGGCGUCGUCGGCUUCGACGUCGACUGCGUCGACGUCGUCGCGCACGACGCGGAGCUGCUCGCGUGCACGCUGCGGCACCCCAAGGUCAUGGUGCCCGUGCUCGACGACGCGCUCGCCGAGGCCCAGGACCGGCUCCUCGCCUCGGCGUCGGCCGCGGGCCGCGACGACUGGCGGCCGCGGCGCGCCAAGGCGCGGCUCCGCUGCGUGCCGCCGCUGCCCGAGCACUGGAAGGCGAACGUGAGCUCGCUGCGCGCGUCGGACGUGGGCAAGCUCGUCCAGGUCUGCGGCACCGUCGUCCGCGCGGGCGCCGUGAAGAUCAUCGAGUCCUGCCGCACGUACCAGUGCGGCGCGGCGUCCUGCGGCGCGACGUUCGCGGUCUACGCGGACCGCGAGCAGGGCAACCUGCUGGAGAAGCCGACGCGGUGCCCCGGGGCCAACGGGUGCGGCGGCUGCAGCUCGCGGCGCUUCGUCGAGGUCGGCCGCGAGAACGCGGACUACCAGGAGGUGCGGCUCCAGGAGCACGUCGAGCAGCUCGCCGUCGGGUCCAUCCCGCGCGCGGUGACCGUCGUGCUCGAGCACGACCUCGCGGACUCGGUGCAGGCCGGCGACCGCGUGAGCGUCGUCGGCUGGCUCGAGCGCAAGUGGAAGCCCUGCUACCGGGACGUGCGCUGCGACGUCGAGGUCGUGCUCGUCGCCAACGGCGUCCGCGUCGGCGCGGCGUCGACGGCGGGCGCCGCGCGCGUCACAUCGGAGGACCGCGCGGCCUUCCGCGCGCUCUGGGCCGACGCGACCGCGCGGGGCAGGCCGCUCGCGGCGCGCGACGCCGUCGUCGACAGCGUCUGCCCGCAGAUCUUCGGGCGCCGCGCAGUGAAGCUCGCGGUGCUCCUCGCGCUCAUCGGCGGCGUCGGCAGCGACGACGCGCCGCCGGCGCGCGAGCCGGGCGCGCCGCCGGCGCCCGCGGCCGCCAAGGCGCCGGGCGGCGACCGGCGCCGGGGCACGCCCCACCUGCUCCUCGUCGGCGACCCGCUGUGCCGGAAACGACCGUUCCUGCGCUUCGCGGCCAAGGUCGCGCCGCGCUGCGUCGUGACGACGGGCUGCGGCACGACGUCCGCGGGGCUCACGUGCUCCGCGGUCAAGGACGGCGGCGAGUGGACGCUCGAGGCCGGCGCGCUCGUCCUCGCGGACCGCGGCGUCUGCUGCAUCGACGAGUUCAGCGCGAUCAACCCGCGCGACCGCGCGGCGAUCCACGAGGCCAUGGAGCAGCAGACGCUGAGCGUCGCCAAGGCGGGCCUCGUCUGCAAGCUGAGCGCGCGGGCGACGGUCAUCGCCGUGACGAACCCCCGGGGCAAGUACGACCGCAAGGCGGACCUCUCCGUGAACACGUCGCUGCCGCCGCCGCUGUUGAGCCGCUUCGACGUCGUCCUCGUCAUCGAGGACGACCCGGACGAGGCCUGGGACCGGGCCGUGUCCGCGGCCGUGCUCAACACGCACCUCGCGCCGGGGCUCGGGGCCCUCGAGACGUACGACCCCGCGGAGCGCGGCGGCGGCGGCGCGCCGCGGCGGCGGCGGCGGCGGCGCGCGCCGCCGCGGCCCGACCCCUGGCCCGCGGAGCGGCUGCGCACCUACGUCGCGCACGUCAAGGCGACGCUCGCGCCGGCGCUCGGCGACGGCGCGUCGGCGCUGCUCGAGGCCUACUACGCGGCGCAGCGCGCGGCGUCGCGCGGCGGCGGCCGCGCGACGAUCCGCAUGCUCGAGUCGCUCGUCCGCGUCGCGCAGGCGCACGCGCGGCUCAUGCACCGCGACGUCGCGUCGACGCAGGACGCCGUCGUCGCCGUGCUGCUCGUGGACAAGAGCAUGAUGGAGACCGCGGUCUUCGCGGCCGUCGCGGAGCCCAUCGCCGACCUCGCGACGACCGACGACUCCGACGCGUACUACGUCUUCCAGCAGGCCGCCGUCCUCGACGCGCUCGGGCUCGAGCCGGCGGACGGCGACGCGCUCGUGCGGAGCGGGGGCGAAAGUGGGGGCGAGGGCAGCCCGGGGUAAAGCUGUCGAUGUU